CAACAGCGCUGCCCAGUGACACACUUAGCCAAAAACACGCUUGUUUUGACCGAUAACAAGUGCUGGGUAUUUCGACCAUCAAAACAAAUAACACGCUUGGUCAUUCUAACCAUCCAUCGCCCUUCAGAGUGACGGUUCAAUGCGCACUAAACUUUAAUAACCGCCUAGAACAGUGGGCGUUAACGCGCUAUUUAUAACUGCGUAAUGUUAUUUCAAUAUGCCCGUGUGUCCUGGGCCAUAUCCCUAAAAUAACGCAUCUUACCGACGGUUAGAAACACAGAUCGCAUUAACCGCAUUCGGCUUUGCAUCGCGUUCUUGUCAUAUAGCAAACUUACAGAAUUCGUGACAUUUUUAUUACGACCCUCCUUCAAAUCAAACAAGCUCUAUAUGUGCGCCAAUAUUUCAGUGCGCCAAUAUUUCAGUGCGUCACUCCAUUACGUUACCUGACGAGGUUAUUAUAGAGACGUAUUAAAAUGCUCAGAGUUAAAUCUAUAAGUUCCAUGUUGACGUAAACUCGAGAAUCGUCUAGGCAGGUUGUCAUUACGUCAUAUAAUAACAACACAAGAUAAAACAAAUGGCUGGAAAAUGCGGAGGUACAGACUCGAAUGUAGGAAAACAAUUUAAUAUAAUAGUUGAGUCGUUAUAAUACAUCCUGGCUGAUUGUCAUGGAGAAAUGUCGUACCAUUUUGGCGAAUGCAGGCUCCCCUAGGACGGCCUCGUCUGCGGUCGGUGGUGCUCUCCGGUGGAAGACUUGGGGUUGACAGAUGGACAGAAGAGAACAACGCCAUAAUUGUCAGGUGGAAGCAAUAUGAACGAGAACUUCAACCGAUGCAGGAUGUUUGGAAACGAUGCUAUUCAGAAAGCUUUAAACUGCUUCGGAAAAUUCAAGGUAUACCAGCAGCUUCAGAACGACUCAAACUUGAAAUGACAGUCUCAUACAACACGUUUUUAUUCUCUCUGAGUCUCACCCACCCAAGUGAGAUAGAGAAGAAUCUCACCUGCACUUUAUUAAGAGUAUUGGAGGCUGCUGGAUCUCAGGUCCUCAGCUCUGAUCCGUUUAAGUUGUGGCAGGUUGGUCUGCAGACUUUCGGCACAUCGGUCUAUGCACCGUAUCUCCACAAGCUUCUGUUGAUCCAGUGGAUGUUAUGGCUAAUGGAGGGUCAGCUAGAGAGAAUUCUUACUCUUCUGGCACAGACAAAUCACAAGGGAGAGCUUUUAGCACCUGUGAAUCUACAGACAGAGAUCAGAAACCUUGCACUGAGCAUGGAGGAGGAUUCCUUGCUAAUGGUUGCCAGGGCUGCAAGAGACCUCAAGGAUCUUUUGCACAUCUGCACUGUUAUUGCUCAUGGGGUGGAACAGAUGAACAAGGAGAAAUAUUCGGAGGCUCUUGAAGCUUUUCAGGAGGCUAAAGACCUGCCAAGUCCCAGAAGACUCAUGGCACAGAUCCACACUCUUACAGGCCAAAGUUUGUCUAAGCUGGAUCAGCCCCAUUGUGCUCUUCACUUUUAUAGGAAGGCUUUGGAAGUAGACGUUUCUUGCCACAGUGCGCUCUAUCAAAGUGCACUGGUAUUCAGAAAGCUUUGUAAUCCAAAAGCAGAAAUAGAGGCGCUACGUCUUCUUUAUUCUGCUGUACAGCAACAGUCUGAUAAAUGUCCAUCUAGUGCUUCACUGGUCUCUCCAGAUUUACUGCUGGGAGGGGAACAGAUGACCUUUAUUAACAGAGUCCCCUCCCCCUCUCUGAUUUUGUACACUUUGGCACAUGCAUGUGUCCUCAAUGGCUGUUUUUCAGAUGGUGUUGAGUAUUAUCUGGAUCUCUUGGCAUCAUUUCAAUCGGACAGCAAAGAUCUUGUACCUACAGGGGUUGGCACUUCUUUUCCCAGAAUCCCAGUGGUCUACCUUGAAGCCGGAUUUGCUUUGUUAAAAGCUCAGAAAUAUAGGGAGGUUCUUGUGAUCUGUGAAGAGGUCAUUACCAGUACUGUGGACUUCAUCCCUGACAGACUGCUGCUUGAUCUGCACAUGGAAAAUCAGCAAACAGGUGGACCAACAGCUGUGAGUCCAGAUUCUAAUGCUGUGUUAGAAAAUGUGGACUUUGUGUCAUGGGCUGGUGCAGCCCAUCUUCUUCAAGCACAAACUUACUGGAAGCUGAAGGAUACCAAAGAGGCAAUUACAAAUUUUACAAGAGCUAUCAAUCAACUUGUGAAGGUGUUUAUAACGCAGAAAGUUAAACCUACAGACUGGAAACAAAGAAAUCUUGGAAACACUGAAGAAAUGGUCAAUAGAAUGUUGACUUUAGAAGCAGCAAAAGGACAAUCUCUAGCUGGUAGGGGGCUUUGCUUCCUGGAAAAAGGUCAAUUGAAAGAGGCAUUGAGAGAUCUUCAUCUCAGUCUACAGAUUUUUCCAGGUUGCAGGAACACUGAGAUGUGGCUUACUGAAGUCUUAUGGAGGCUUGAUCGCAGAGAAGAAGCUUCAGUACACUGGAGAGAGAGCUAUAAUUCUACAGAUACCACUAAGUCAAAAAACCUACCACUAUAUUUGCAAGCAUGGCAAGAUGAUUCAGCUUUUGACUUCUGUGGCCUUAAGAAGAAAAUAGAGGAGCACGUUCAAGCCGGCAAUGUAAUAACAUAGGGAAACAAGAUGAUGCUUUAUAAAAUAGUCCUUGUUUGGGUGUUGUGAUAUAGUAUAAAGUAUCUUUUAAUUUCUGUUUUAUUCAGUAACUAUGUACGUUGCUUUUGUUAAUUGCUUUGACAUUUUUUCAACCAGUGUCAGUUAUAUAUCAUUCCAUUCUUGGUUUGAACUUUGGUUAAAGCAUAUAUGUUUGUCUGAAUAAAUUAAUGUCUGUCAUAGUGUAAAUCAUCUAUCACAUUGUAUAUAAUGAGAAUAAACACCAUUCAUAAUCUUAAAUUAAAUUUAUACAUUAAAAGGGUGUUUCAA